AUGGCUGCCACACAGAAUCUGGCUCAUGUUGAGCCAACCAACGAGACAGCCAGGUGGCGACUGCUCGACCAGAUCCGCCGGAACCCAGGCCCGUUCACCGAUCCCAGCGCCGCGGACGAGGAAUCGCUGGCGAACUUCGAAAAGAUGAAGAUCUUAGGCGCCGGUGGUCUAGGAUGUGAAAUCCUCAAGAACUUGGCCAUGUCCCAUUUCAGGGACAUUCACGUUAUCGACAUGGGUGAGCAUUACUCUGGCCCUCAAAACUGGCACACACUUCCAGCUGACAAUUACUCUUCUUCAGACACAAUUGAUAUAUCUAACCUCAACCGCCAAUUCUUGUUCAGGAAGUCGGACGUCGGGAAGUACAAGGCAGAAGUGGCAGCACGGUUUGUCGAGCAGAGGGUCAAGGGCGUCAAGAUCACCGCCUACAAUAAUCGCAUUCAGGACUUUGACGAGAGCUUCUACAAGCAGUUCCAGCUUGUUAUCUGCGGGCUUGACAGCAUAGAAGCACGAAGAUGGAUAAACGCCAUGCUGGUCUCGAUUGCCGAGGACGGGUCCGAUGACCCGGACAACAUCAAGCCCCUCGUCGACGGCGGCACGGAGGGCUUCAAGGGCCAGGCCCGGGUGAUCCUCCCAACCAUCACCUCAUGUAUCGAGUGCCAGCUGGACAUGCACGCGCCCAGAGCCGCCGUGCCGCUUUGCACCAUCGCCUCCAUCCCGCGGCAGCCCGAGCACUGCGUCGAGUGGGCCCACGUCAUCGCCUGGGACGAGGAGAAGCCCUUCCCCCAGCUCGACAAGGACGACCCGGAGCACGUCACCUGGCUCUACGAGAAGGCCCUUGCCCGCGCUCAGGAGUUCAACAUCCCGGGGGUCACCUACUCGCUCACCCAGGGCACCAUCAAGAACAUCAUCCCCGCCAUCGCCUCCACCAACGCCAUCAUCGCCGCCGCGUGCUGCAACGAGGCCUUCAAGCUCGCCACGUCCGCGGCCCCUUGCCUGGGGUUCGAGAACAACUACAUGAUGUACUCGGGCAAUGACAGCAUCUACACCUACACCUUCAAGCACGAGCAGAAGCCCGACUGCCCCGUCUGCGGCAAGCAGUCCAGGCCCCUCGAGGUCGACCCAAGCACCACCCUCCAGGCCCUCCUGGACUCCCUCGCCGUGCGGCCCGAGGCGCAGCUUAAGAAGCCCUCGGUCCGCGCCGAGGGGAAGACCCUCUACAUGCAGUUCCCCCCCAGCCUGGAGGAGAGGACCCGGCCCAACCUCGCCAAGUCCCUGGCCGAGCUUGGCCUCGAGAACAGGCAGGAGAUUGUCGUCACCGACCCGGCCUUCCCUCUCGAGUUCACCUUCUACCUUGUUUUCAAGUCUUGA